AUGGGAGAGCCGAGAAAGGGCGAGCAUCGCCCUAUCCAGACCAGCGCCGUCAUCGUCCUCAACGGCUCCAAGCGGCCCAUUACCCGCCCACCAUCGCCGCCGACGCCAUCCGUAACACCAGCCGACGGCGCGGCUCCGGCGUUCACCGAACCCUCCGAGCCGUUUCAGCUAGCCGGGCAGCGCAUCUCUUACCGAUCAACCGCUUCACACACAACUCCGCGCAGCGGCCUAGAUACCGCUGACCAACAACAACACGCCGCAGACGACGACGAUAUACACAAGGACGAGCGCCUCCGCGAGGGCCUGCACGUUCUCCGGACCGAGGCCCUCGCCCUCGCGCACCUCGCCCGUCUAUACGAGACAGAGCCCCUCGCGCGGGACUCCUUCCACCGGGCCGUCGCCGCCGUAACCCGCACCACUAGCAACGGCGGCAAGCUUGUUCUCAUCGGGGUUGGCAAAUCCGGCCUCAUAGCGCGCAAGCUCGCCGCCACGUUCCAGAGCCUCGCCGUGCGCGCCGCCUUCCUGCACCCGACCGAGGCCCUUCACGGCGACCUUGGGCUUGUCGACCCGGCUGUCGAUGCGCUCCUGCUCGUCACCUAUUCGGGCGCCACGCCCGAGCUGCUCGCGUUGCUGCCACACCUCGACCAGUCGAUGCCGGCCAUCGUAAUCACCUCCGCGCACAGCACGUGUGAAAUUGUGCGGCAGAGGCCUGGGGUCGUGGUCGUUCCGGCGCCCGUGCAUGAGCCGGAGCGCGUGUCGUUUGGCGUCUCAGCGCCGACGACUUCCACCACCGCCGCGCUGGCCGUCGGCGAUGCCCUCGCCGUCACGGCAGCCCGCGAGCUACAACCUGACCUCGCGGCGGCGUUUGCGCGGAACCACCCUGGCGGUGCCAUCGGCCUUGCCGCCGCCGCAUCAGCAUCAUCUUCCCCUACCCCUACCCCUCCCGCUUCCUCCUCACCUCCCCUCAAAAAGGUCCUGCUCGUUCCGCCGCCCGCCAUCACGCUCCGCCACAUCGCCGUCCGCUGGGACGCCAUCGCAGACUGCCCCCUGCUGCGCGCCGACAGCCCCGCGGCUAGCCUGCUGCGCGCCGCGUACGCCUCCAAGAAAGGCUGGGUGCGCGUGGGCGAGGCCGUCACCGCGCCGCGCCGCCUGCGCGCCUUGUGCGACGAGGACCUCCUCGAGCCGCUGGGAUCCCUCCCCGGCCUGCUCGUCUCGUGCCACGACAUGCUGGCCAUGUCGGCCGACACGACGGUGCGACAGGCGCGCGAUAUCCUGCUGCGGGGAACUCUGAGUGACAGCGGCGGCGCGGUGGCUGGUGGCAGCAGCGUCGGCGGGCUGGGCGAAGAGGAGGAGGAGGAUGGCGAAGCAGAGGGCGCAGUGAUUGCGGUGACGGAGAAUGGUCGCAUCUGCGGCGUGCUAGAGGCGGCGCAGGUGCUGGAGCACCAGGACUAG